UACAAUUCACCGGAUCCCAAACCUACUUUCUUCUCCCAAGACCCUAGCCACAGACCCGAGACAGAGAGAGAAUCACAUCAAGUCAUCAACGACGCGCGCGCUUGUCCUCCCUCCGGCCAGUCCUCCACCUCCGUCACGAGGCAGAUCGGCCCUGUGUUGAUUUCGAUCUUGACUUGCUCCUUUGCUUCUCUGUGCGUUGCAACCAUGGGUCGUGACAUUACUCUAUUCUUAUCGGUCCUUGCUCCUUUGCUCCUCUGUGCGUUGCAACCAUGGAUACCUCAAUUUGGUCUGUGUGCUGCAACCUUGACUCAUUCCGAGGGCCAAAAAAAUUUUGAUAGACAUAAAUAUGAUGUCUUCGUUAGUUUUUGUGGGAAAGAUACCCGCACGAACUUUACCGCCCAUCUCUUAGACGCUUUUGACCGUAAAGGGAUUGGUGCUUAUAUGGAUAACCGAGACCUCCCUAGAGGGGGAGAGAUUGAAUCCGAGAUAUUCAACGCAAUUGAGAAGUCAAGGAUUGCAGUUAUUGUGUUCUCCAAAAACUAUGGUACUUCGCGUUGGUGCCGUGAUGAGCUGAUGAAGAUCAUGGAAUGCAAAAGGCGGUUCAAUCAAAGGGUGAUCCCUGUUUUCUAUCUUGUGUCUCCAUCCAAGGUGUCAGAACAGAUGGGAAAUUUUGCGGAGGCUGUAAAGUUGGCAGGCUGGCAUUUUGAACCAGAUGGUUGCAGGCUAGAGACUGAAUUUAUUGGAGAAAUUGUCGAAACCAUUUGGAAAAUUCUACGUGGGGAAUCACCUAUCAGUACCAUUCCACUCUGUUGUCAGAAUCGUGUUCAAAAUGCUAGAUUGAGAUCAAUUCACCUGACGUCUAGGACGUGCAGGCCCACGAAUGAUUGCAAAUCGUGCUUGAAGUACUCCAAACGCACGCUCUACAUCCUUCCUUGUUGACUCCUGAGUUGUAGCAAAAAGACUAUUCUUUCUACCCAGUGGAACGGAGAUUGUCUUUACAAAAGUAGACCAUGAAGGAUAUAUACCAUCAGCAAGAUAAUAUCCCAUUGUAUAAUCAUGUCCAUUGAUUGAGUAAUUCACCGAAGGUGCACGACCUUGAGCAAGGUUGGUAAAUAUAAAAGAACGGUCUAGCACGUUGAUGUCAUUAUAAGACCCAGGUAACCCAAAAAAUGCAUGCCAUAUCCAAAGAUCAUAUGAUGCUGCUGCUUCUAAAAUAAUUGUUGGCUCAUGACUAUGACCAGUAUAGUGACAUUUCCACCCCGAUGGGCAAUUCUUCCAUUUCCAGUGCAUGCAAUCAAUGCUUCCUAGCAUCCCUGGAAAUCCACGCCUUUCACCAACUCUUAGCAACCUAGCAAUGUCAUUGCUAUUUGGAGACCUCAAGUACUCUGUAGAAUAAAUAUCGACUAUGGCUUCAACAAAUUUUUUGAGACUCUCUAUUGCAGUGCUUUCUCCAAUUCUCACAUAUUCAUCUGUAAAAUCUGCCGCUACUCCAUACGCAAGCAUCCUUAGUGCGGCAGUCAUCUUCUGAAGGGAAGACAAACCAAGCAAUCCGGUAGCAUUUC